AGCAGUUUGGCAUGCUUGAGGCAGGGGGCAUUGGACUCUCCCCUGGCCUCCCUGCUGAUUGCGGCUUUUCUGUGCUGUGGCAGGUACAUCAUGACAAGCGGCCGGACUAUGGAGUCCACCAAGGAAUUCUUCCUGAAGCACCGGUAUUUUGGCUUACAGAAAGAAAACGUGAUCUUCUUCCAGCAGGGGAUGUUGCCUGCUAUGGGGUUUGAUGGGAAAAUCCUCCUGGAAGAAAAGGGCAAGAUUUCCAUGGCACCAGACGGCAAUGGGGGCCUGUACCGGGCCCUGGGUGUGCAUGGCAUCGUGGACGACAUGGAGCGGAGAGGCGUGCAGAGCGUCCAUGUGUACUGCGUGGACAACAUCCUGGUGAAAGUGGCUGACCCCACGUUCAUUGGGUUCUGCUUGGAGAAGGGAGCAGACUGCGGUGCCAAGGUGGUAGAGAAGACCAACCCUACGGAGCCGGUUGGUGUGGUGUGUAGAGUGGACGGUGUGUACCAGGUGGUGGAGUAUAGCGAGAUCUCCCUGGCUACUGCACAGAAACGGGGCCCGGAUGGACGGCUGCUCUUCAAUGCGGGCAACAUUGCCAAUCACUACUUCACCACAUCCUUCCUGAAAGAUGUAGUCAACACUUACGAACCGCAGCUGCAGCACCAUGUAGCCGAGAAGAAGAUCCCACAUGUGGACAUCGCUACUGGGCAGCUGAUCCAACCCGAGAAGCCCAAUGGGAUCAAGAUGGAGAAGUUCGUUUUUGACAUCUUCCAGUUUUCCAAGAAGUUUGUGGUGUACGAAGUCCUGCGUGAGGACGAGUUCUCUCCUUUGAAGAAUGCAGACAGCCAGAACGGGAAGGACAAUCCCACCACAGCCCGGCAUGCCUUGAUGUCUCUGCAUCACCGCUGGGUUCUCAAUGCGGGAGGGCAUUUUGUGGAUGAAAACGGCACACGCAUCCCCGCCAUCCCUUGUGUCACAAACGGAAGGUCAGAUGCCAUCCCAGCUGAUGUCAAUGACAAUUUGAAGGAUGCAAGUGACUUGCCAAUCCAGUGUGAAAUUUCUCCCCUCAUCUCCUAUGGAGGAGAAGGCCUGGAAAAGUACGUGAAGGACCGAGAGUUUCGUGCACCUUUAAUUAUCGACGAGAACGGGAUCCACGAGCUGGUGAAGAAUGGGAUGUAGCAGCCGUGGCAGCGAGGUGCCAAACCCCGACUGCCCCUCUCGGCUGGCGGACUGUGAAUUCGGACGCAUGAAGGUUUUUAGCUGUAACUGGUAGGGGCUGGUCCUGCUCACUCUGAACUGGUGUGCAGAGGAGGAUGUAACCCACUUGGUUGUUGGCAUGUCGAGUGCUUCUAUUUAUGUUUUAAUUUUAAAAACAAACACUUUAUGGGUUCCCCUGCCACAAAGCACAGCUGUAGUGCUGCUAUUCGCACUUCAGGCUAUGGGCUUUUAUUUUUAAACAUGUAUAUAGUAAUAGUCAUUGUACAUGCAGAAGAUUUUUAUGGUACGGGGCUGGGGUUAAUCUUGAAUUUUUAUUUUUCUCAAAUAUACAUGACUAUUUUUUUUAAUAGGGUCCUUGUCAUUGCCCACGUCCUCCCUUUUGGUUGUCCUUUGUACCUUGCACAACUGGAAGAACCCAAUUAAACCUCUGAACCCC